CUCUCUCUCUCUCUCUCUCUCUCUCUCUCUCUCUCUCUCUCUCUCAAACUCCGAAUUAUCAGCCGACGGGAAAUCCCGAUAACUGACUGAACAUCGUAAGCCAUUGUUUCGAGUGGCCCGAACGGGAAACAGGUUUUCGUUUAGCUAUUUUUUUAGUUAGAAGAGACUAGCAUGGCACCGGCAGCCGGCGUUUCUACAGCUUCCGAUCUAGCCCCGGCGGUACAUCCAACAGAGACGUUCGCCAAGGACGCGAUUAUCUCCUGGUUCCGAGGCGAGUUCGCGGCGGCGAAUGCAAUUAUUGACGCGUUGUGUGGCCAUCUGUCUCGGUUAGAAGGCGGAAGGUGCGAGUACGAGUCAGUAUUCGCUGCUAUACACCGCCGCCGGAUUAAUUGGAUCCCUAUUCUUCAGAUGCAAAAGUAUUUUUCCAUCGCUGACGUAACUCUCGAGCUCCAGAAAGUGGCCGAAACGAAAUCGAAAGGGGUUCAGAAGAUUGAAGAAGAAGUCGAUGUUUCUUCGCCGCUGAAAGUGCAGCAUCAUGAAAUUCCAAAAGAGGAUCUCAACGAUAUAAAUAGAAAUCAAGGUGUUGAGGCUGUUGACGAUGAUUUUACCAGACUUAAUUCACCUACAAAUGAGAUAAAAAUAACCGAUACAGGAUCUGAAGAUGCGCAGGAGGCAUUGGUAGAAGUAGAAAACAUAAAGAUAUGCUCAAACCAAGAAGAUUGGGAGGUCUGGAGAGCUCAGAUCAAGAUGACAAAAGGGUUCGUAAGCAAGGAGUCUGUAAAAGGACAUAUGGUCAAUGUUGUAAGAGGUUUGAAGCUGUAUGAGAACAUACUUACCCAUACAGAGUUAACUCGGUUAAAUGAGUAUGUGAAUAAACUCCGAGUUGCUGGAAAAAAUGGACAACUCUCGGGUGAGACGUUUAUCAUUUACAACCAGCAGUCACAGGCCAUCAAGAGAGAGCUUAUUCAAUUUGGAGCUCCCAUAUUUGGACAGAUAAAAGCCGAAGCUACAAGUAAAUCCCAGGAUAGUCAUAUCGAGCCAAUUCCAGAUCCUCUUGAAGGUGUGAUUGAUCACCUGAUUAAGUACCAUCUGAUUCCCGAAAACAGACGACCAAACAGCUGCAUCAUAAACUUUUUUGACGAGGGAGAGUUUUCGCAGCCGUUCUUGAAGCCACCUCAUCUUGAUCAACCGAUCUCUACCCUUGUUCUAUCCGAAUCAACAAUGGCUUUUGGGAGAACUCUUGUUUGUGAUAAGGAUGGAAACUAUAAAGGACCACUUAUGCUUUCUCUCAACCAAGGGUCGCUCUUACUGAUGAGGGGAAACAGUGCUGACAUGGCACGACAUGUCAUGUGUCAAUCUCCAACUAAAAGAAUCAGCCUCACAUUUUUCAAAGUUCGGACAGAAGACUCAUACUACGAAAAGAACGUCAGAUCAGCAACAAGUUCCAUCACCAUGUGGCAACCUAAUGGUAACGUUAACGGCUGCUACGACUCCAAGUCCAAAUGGGAUGUCCUUAGUGCACCACAACUAGUGAUGUUAGCCCCAGUUAAUCCAAUGGUUCUAAGCCUAAGAAGGUGGCCUCAUGGUGGUGGAAGUGGCACCGGGGUUUUCUUACCAUGGAACAUCGGAUCACAAAAACCAACAAGACAUCUACCUCCUCGUGUCCAAAGAGGCCGUGUAACUAGUGUUCUCGCACUGCCAGCCCCAUCUCAACCACACACACCAGAUUCCACCUCCACUUCCAGUAUUUAGCUUAUGCAGUCAGUCAGGUCAGCUUCACUUGGUCUACAACAAGGCCGUGGUGAUUAGACUUUCCUUUCCAUGUCACCAGAGUGUUUUACUAGUAAAAGUGUAAUUUAAAAAUUGUGAAUUAUUAUUAGUCUUUAAAAGUGAAGAUUUUAGGAUCAAAACUAUGACACAUGGCAUAGAAACAGAAUGCUUUUUAAAACGACAACAAGACAAAAAGCGUAAAUACAAUAACAAACAGAUCUGAUGUUAGUAACCCACAACACACAAAUCGCAAUGCAAAACACCUUAGGUGCAACGAAAAACUACUUACUAUUACCGGCUUUCACAGGUGGUUCAUCAUCGUCUUCUAUAUCCCAAUUCAAGUCCUCAUCGUUUUCACCACUAUUACUAUUCAACUGCUUAAACACAUCAGCUUUCUUAGGGGUGUUGCCUUGCAAGAUUUCCUUUUCAUCGUUGUCUCCAACAUCCCCAAUCUCAUCCCACUCGAGAUCUUCCUCAGUUACAUCGUCAUAUUUACCAGCAUUAAGAUUUUGACUAACUUUCACAUCAGACACAUGUUCACCACUCUGUUUUGGCUCCUCACUGUUUUUGCUAACAUCAGCAACAAUGGUCUUCUUCUCCUCAUCCUCAUUGACAACAUCAGAACUUUUAUUUUUAGAUUCAUCAACACCAUCUUCAUCUGGAUUUUGCACUGAUUCAGCAACAUUAGAACUCACAGUUAUAGAUUCAUUAUUAGAACUCUGUUUCUUUUCAAUUUCAGGCAAUACAGCUUCUUCCUCUUCUUCUUCAUCAACAUCCCAACUCAAAUCUUCUUCAUCAUCGACUGUUAGAGAUCUCCUUACCAGAUUAGCUCUCACGUCCUCCUGCUGUUUAAGCUUUUGAACUCUAUAGAAAUACCUACACCAAAAGCUUCCAUCAUCAACCUCAUUCGGAACAACUUUCCUGUAAAUUGCUUCUACAGAUCCAUUAUCUCCCAUCAGUUUCUCAAUCUCGCUUUCCCUGUCGCUCAACACAAACCCUAGUUUCCACUUAUUAUAAUCAUCUAAAUCCUCAGGAUCUUUGCAAUAAGUUCGAGCAUCACUUUGAAUCGCAUUAAGUUGAGAAUCGAAACGACUGUACACUUUCGAAUUUAAACCACUACGAUCACUGUAAUUCUGUCCUGCUUCCGAGACAUCAGAAUCAUCAACAUCGGAAGGUUCAAGAAGAGCGUCUUUACCUUGUGAGAUGAUAUCCGCAGUCGACUUCAACACUCCAUCGAUCGCCGAUGUGCCGACCUCGAUCGAAGACGGUAGCUCCUUCACUGCUCGAC